UCUUUUUGCUCCUUUUUUUGUCUGAAACAAAUUUUGCUUUUACCAAUCAACCACUGUCAGAGCAAUAAGACGCCCUGGUUGUCCUGCAUCCUGAUCAUCUUUCAAAGCAUUCAGAAAAUCCAACCACAGAAAAUGGAAAAUGGUGAAGGACCUUCUACAGAUAUCCCAGAUAUCCCGGCACCACCAUAUCCUGGUCCUCCUUUGGACUACAAUCCACUACCACAAUCCACACCUGAUUUUCAGCCCGCAACCCAGCCUGUGGCACAGCAAUAUAACCAGCCAGUAAUCCAACCUGUUGCUCAGCAUUAUCAACAACCUGUUGAUCAGCAAUAUCCCCAGAGUGAAGUACAGCAGUAUCAACAGUCUGUUGAUCAGCAAUAUCCUCAGCAGCAAUAUCCCCAGUCUGUUGCUCCGCAGUAUCACCAAAUGGAUUUUCAGCAAUAUCCUCAGCAAUAUCUUAAGAAUGAUCAGCAGCCGGUUGUGCAGUAUAUGGCACAACAAAAUCAAGUUGCUCAACCAGUGAAACAGGUGACUGUAGUGCAACCGAGGCCCACUGAUGCUCCUGGAAGCAUGCUAUGUCCGCAUUGCCAGACCACAGUUGUGACCUCAAUUGAAUACAAACUGGGCCUCCUUACCUGGUUAAUUGUUGGAUCACUGUUUAUUAUAGGGGUCUGGCCCUGCUGUUUAAUCCCCUUCUGUGUGAAUGCUUGCAAGGAUGUGCAGCAUUCCUGUCCACAAUGCAACAAUGUCCUGCACAUCCACAAAUUAUUGUGAAGCACAGUGAAACCAGCAGUGACCUGUAUAAAAGUGGAAUUUCCAUUAUGGUUACAUUUAUCAUUUUCCCCUGAUAUCUUCUAUCAUAUUCUUAUAAGAUGUUACCUUGUGUCGUUUUAUUCUGAAAAUAUUUCUUUUUUUUUUUAUUUGGGACAAAUUCUCACUUUUGUAUACUUGCCUUCUAUUAAAAUGUUGUAAAAUGAUCUAUGUUUUAGAUAAAAAAAAGGAUAUUUUUAAAUUACAGAUUAUACAUGUAUUUUGUUCUUUCAUUGGGAUAAUUUGACCGUUAUUAUAGUAGUUUUGUUAGUAAAAAUAAUUUUUCAUUGCUAUAAAUAAUUAAACAUCUGAUAAAUGUUUAAAAGCAUUAUGAUUGUAUGCAACAUACAAGAUAUUAGAUUAAUACAGUUUUUUCUUGGUUUAUAUUUGCCUUGCCUUAUAAUACGUAUUUUUGUGCAUCAUGAAGAUCACCAUUGUAAAAUUAAAAUGUGUACAUUUUACAAGAAUGAAUCCUGUCCUUCUUUGUAGAGAUCACAUUUUGCUUAGUGCAUCGCUGGGUUAGAAAAUCUCACAGUCCAAGAAAGAUGCCAUCUAUAGUACAGUUGCCUUUUUUUUGAGAGGAGGUUUUACAGUAGCUUAAAGGUAAAGGUGCACCAUGGGUUUCCGGUUUUACCCAUUGUGUCCAAUAUCUUUAUAGAAUAAAAUAGAAUAGAAUAGAAAAUCCCUUUAUUGUCCCACAAUUGGGACAUUGUUGCAUUACAGCAGCUAAAGAUUAUAGCAAAAAUGGUCA